AUGGUUAAUUUCCACCGCCAGUCCCCCUUGCAUUGUGCUGACAUCAUCCUACAGCUCACUAACCUCCUCGCUGGUCCCCAGAACGUUCGGCCGACUUGUCUGCAGACGCCUCCUGUUGCUAUUGACAAGGUGACGGCUGCCCUGGCCGACGCUACUCUUCUGAGCCAUUCUACUUCAGACGCUCCCAUCUCCGUCGUGCUCAAGGCCUCUAGUAUCGCAGUCUGCACGGUUCUACAACAGCACCCUGCAGGUCACACCCAACCCUUAGCUUUAUUCUCCGGAAAGUUAUAG